AUGUCCACUGACACUCCUCCCCCUGGCCUUGACCUAUACGCGGAUCAGCGCGGCCGAGUUAUCGGAAGCUGCGCGGCGAUCAUCUCGCUCACCUUCAUCUUCGUCUUUCUGCGCCUCCUAUCUCGAAAGCUCUCAAGAGCCGGAUUCUGGUGGGACGAUCUUUUGACCGUCGUGGCCCUUAUUUUCUCAACGGUAUGCUGCAUCAUAUGGUUGAUAGAGAUCCCCAAUGGAUUUGGAAGACACAUCUACAUUUUUGGUCCAGUCCUUAGUAUCGAGAAGGGAAAGCUGUUCUUGAAAGGUCUCUUUGUCUUCGAGAUCUUCUUUCACACCGCAACGACCCUCGCGAAGUUUGCCAUACUAGCAUUCUACUACCGCAUCUUCCCAAUCCUUCAGUUCAGACGCCUGUUACUCUGGGUUGCAGUGCUUUCCGUGGUCUACAUGGUCUCGAUCGAUCUCACCAUUAUAUUUCAAUGUCAUCCCGUUCACUACGCCUGGGAUCGAGUCGAUCCAAGCAUUAAAGGUCACUGCUACAAUGUUGAUGACUUCUUUAUUGGCAGCGGCUCAGCCAACGUCGGUCUCAACUUUUUGAUCUUCAUACUUCCGAUACCACUUUUGUGGCGCCUGCGCACCAGCGUCAAGCAACAGAUUGUUUUGACCGUUCUCUUCACCUUAGCUGGCUUUGUCGUCUUGGUCAGCAUCAUCUGGGUGGUUGUUCUCUCCAGACUUGAAGAGGCCGAUGUCACGUGGAACUACGUUGACACAGCUAUAUGGUCCGCAUUGGAACCUAACAUAGCCGUGAUUUGUGCCUGUAUCCCCAGUCUUCGACCUCUAGUGAGCGUAGCUAGCCAAGGUUUCGCGAAUGCUCCCUUGGUAAGAAGUACACUGCACUCGGCUGGUGGUACAUCGUCGAGGCGAAUGUGGGAAGGUGGGAAAGGAAAGUCAAGUGAUGGCACAUUCAGUCAACUUGACGAACGGGAUGAUCUGAGGCCACUUGGCCACGAUGUGUCGGUUCGAGGUGGUAGAGUCAAUGACACUCAGCCAGACGUUGAAGUUAUGGAACUGCCUCAGACCGGUAUCAACGUAAGAACGGAGGUCAUUCUGAGUACCAGUGACAGACUGCAUUACAAUGAUAGGCUCUUUUGA